AGGCUGAGGCCGAACUCUUUGGUAAUGCCGAACUCAUACUCUUCCUUGGGUUUUGGGCUGAUGGGCCGUCAUUGCUGUUGGGCUUGUUUAGUACGCACCCCAUCACUUUCCAAUUUCUUUAUCUCUUCUUCUCUGCGUCACAAAAAGAAUGCAAAAAUUUGAUCUUUUUCCCCUUUUCUGUGUUCAUUAUUGGGGGGGGGGGGUCAUAUCUUCAUUCUGCUUUUCUUUUCUAUUUUUAUGUUUUUUUUAAUUGCGACAUUUCCAAGCUCAUCUUAACAUGGAGGCGACAAGAAUUACCAUUUGGUUGCUACAAAGCUUGACCAACAUGAAGCAAAAAAGGAAAACCUAAUUUCUGAGUUUGAAUAAAACCAUCUAUUACUUCUAAUUUCCCACUAAGCAUAAAUGGUUGAGACAUAAAUAUUGGAGCAUGAAUAAUAUCUCAAUCAUUGGUUCCGUGUUCUUCACAAACUUGUCAAUUCCUCAUUCCAGUACACAUGACAUAAAUACACCUCGAAUAUCAUUUCACAAAAACAAGUCUUUUUCGUGAAAAUGUUAUCCUUUUCAUGCCAACUUGUGGCUCAGGAUUCCCCCUUUUCGACCAAAUUAGUUCAUGUUUAUUUAUAGUAAAUUUCUUUAAUAAGAUGAGUCUUAUUUUUCACUAGCAACAAGUUAGCAAUAACUUCUUUUUUCAUGUUUUUAUUUUACUUUACCAAUAUUGCAUUAAAACUUAUACUAACCUGAUCUAACUGUUUCUUGUCAUUUCAUCUGCUAAAUUGUUUGAGUUUGUAGGAUGUAAUUGAUGCUUAUAGAAUUAGGAUCUUGGCUAGGUUAUUACAAAAAUAAUCUUAGUUUAUAUUCUAUUUAGUGGGUGACAACUUAUAGUGGUCGAGUCACUGUUGUUCCGUUGUUGCUUGAUUCCUCCAUGUAAGCGCAGCUCUAUUGGUUGCUUCUCCUCCAACCAAUAGGUCGGUGUUGAAGUCACCAUGGCCACGAGGGGCACACCAAGCAGCUAUGUUCAGGUUUCUGCUGUCUCUGAUUACAACAUCUGGGGUGAAGGAGAUCUGUUCAACGCGCCCCAACCAGUUAUCGAGGAGCCUGUCAUGGGCCUUGAUCCGACGACAGUUGCCAUAUCAAUGAUCUCUUGUGGAGAAGAUGCCAUCUCCCCUCAGUCAUUGAGUGUGUCGGACGUUGAGUCGUCGAUUGAGAGUGGGCAGCUCCUCAGCGAGGUCUUCUACGAGUGCAGGAAGGAUAUUUUGGCAAAGGAAGGGAACGAAACUCCGCUCUCUGAAGUCCUCAGCAUCAACAUCCCUACUGUCAAGAGUACUACUGAUGAGAAGAUGUUGAUAGAUGAGAAGUCGUGUGUGGAAUGUUCAUUUCAGAAGAGUGUUAGCUCCAGUUGUCUGAGAUCGAUGGACAACGACGUCCAUGAGGCUCCCCUGAGGCCCAGCUUUCUCGAUUUCGCAGUUGAUGACUUCGAAGCUGCUUAUGGGAUGCGACGAGCAUACAGUGAAGGAGACAUAAAGGCUCGUUGUAAUGGUAGCAUAAACCACGUCGAAUCCCCAAUGGGGCAAGUGCGAGUGAUGAGCAGUUGCAUUUCUGAGGUCCGAAGGGAGAAGCUAUCAAGAUACUGGAGUAAGAAGUCCAAGAGAAAUUUUGGCAGAAAAAUCAAGUACGCUUGCAGGAAAGCUCUGGCGGAUAGCCAGCCGAGAGUUCGAGGAAGAUUUGCAAAGAGUGAAGAAACAGAAGCUGGGAAGAAGCUAUGAAGCAUGGGAGAGAGUGAGUGGUUGUUAGAGUUUAUGUACUGUAGUGAAGAAGCAAAGAAGAUGAUAGUAGUGAUGGUGGUGGUGUUUAAGGAAUACUAAUAACGUUGUUUGUUUGGGGAAGCAGCUCAGCUAAUACAAUAAUUAACCUUUGUAGAUUAAAUCAAAUGUUGGUUUAGAUUAUUAUGUACAUGUACUGUUUAAUAAUUCCAUACCCCUAUAAAUAACGCCUUUUGUUUCUUA